AGCAUUAAUCCGAGCCAAAACCUGUCGUAACGUAAAAACAACUUUGUAAAUAAGCACAUUAAAAAAUUAGUAAACCUCAUUUAAUUUAUUCGUGGUACUGAAGCAUGUUUGUCAGCGUGCAAACAAGGUUAACGUAUUUUAUUCUACGUCGCUGUAAAACUUGGUAAGACCAUCCUUUCCCAAACCAUGCACUCCUCCCAAAUGCUACAAGAGACAGCCGCUUGUGCUCUGAUAGUGCGACCCCAAAAUCAUGGUAGACUUUAAGCCAGCUUGACCCCGAUAGCAUAACGAAUACAUCUAAUUAAAUCACUUUAGUCAAGGAAAAAUAGUAGUCGGUUUUUAUUUACAUAAAAACUAAGCUGUUUUAGCAAACAUUUAGUGCAGUAUGGCCUCUAGACGGGUAUUGUCAAUUUCAGCAAGAAGGUUUGAGCGAUUCAUCACGAACUUUUCAAGAAUGGGAAGCUUUAACUCCUCACCCAAGAUCUUAAAUGAAGACUCCCAAGAUGAUGACGUUUCUCUCCCAAAGAACAUCAGCAGAAAUGAACUGCUGCAGUACUGCCACAAACGACCUUAUGGGCAAUUAAUGGUAAAGAGAGCGUUUAAAAAAGCUAGAAGAAGUGCUGUGAAAAAUGGCGAAGAUGCAGAGAAUUUAGGAAUUAAGGUGAAGAAACUUAAUGCAGUUACUGAAGUGUGUAGUGAUUAUACUACUAGUCCACAAAACUUAAGAGUUUUGCAAUGGAAUAUACUUUCCCAAGCCCUAGGCAAAUCAAACGACAACUUUGUAAAGUGUCCUUAUGAAGCAUUGGAUUGGAAUCAUAGAAGGUAUCUAAUUGUAGAAGAAAUUGUGGAGUAUUGUCCCGAUAUAAUAUGCCUACAGGAAGUAGAUCAUUUUAACUUUCUGAAACACGUGCUAGGAACUCAGGGUUACAUGGGCAUGUUUUUCCCAAAACCCGAUUCUCCGUGCUUCUAUAUCCACGAUAACAAUGGGCCGGAUGGUUGCGCCAUUUUCUACAGAUCUGAUAAAUUCGACUUGCUAAAGGCCGAUACCAGAAUAUUAGAGAUGUGGACCAUACAAAGUAAUCAAGUAGCUCUACUAAUGACCCUUAAACUAAAAGAGACAGGAGAGGAAAUUUGCGUUGCCACAACCCAUUUAAAAGCAAAGCAUAGUGCAUUGCUCGCCACGUUGCGCAAUGAACAAGGUAAAGACCUUUUGGAAUUCUUAAAACAAAGCUGUGAAGGUCGGCCUCUGAUCCUUUGCGGGGAUUUCAACGCGGAACCUGUAGAACCAGUUUACAAUACGGUAUUGCAGAGUAAACUGAAUUUUGCUAGUGCCUAUGCUGAGUGUAAUAGAGAUAAAAAUGAUAGGAUACCAUCCGCUGAUAGAGAACCACCCUAUACUACCUGGAAAGUCCGCGAAGAAGGUGAAGUCUGUCACACGAUAGACUACGUGUUUUACACCAAAAGCAAGUUCGAAGUAGAAGCGGUUUUAGAAUUCCCCAGCGGCGAAGAAAUCGGCAAUGGUAGAGUUCCUAGCAUGAGCUAUCCCAGUGAUCACUUUUCGUUAGUUUGUGAUUUUAAAAUAAGAACAAACAGUGACACCAGUAUUGAGUAAAGAGGAGAGCCCUCUCGUGAUUUGUUAUUUAGAUUAUAAGUUGUUUAUGCGACUGUAGCGGAAUUUGAAGCAUCCCCCAUUGUGACUUAUUUCUUAGUUUAAGGUGUAAAUUAUAGGUGUAUAAAAUUAUGUUGUAACUUUUAUAGGGAAAUAAAGGCAUAAAUGCAG